UCUACUUACUGCCCCCCAGAAAGCCUCUCACCGGUCUGCCAGGGCUUUGCCACUCACUGCCAUCCCAGCAUGGCAUCUUUCGAACUCCGAGACCUCUUUACGGUCGCCCAGUUCAUCAAGGCCAGGUGCCAGCACGGCCUCAAGGCUGGGGCUGCAAAAGCGGAUAAAAACUAUAUUUUCUAUGAGGUGGAGAUCCGGGACGCCAGGACGAAGGGAAAGCUGUGUUUCCUGGACAAGGUGGAGCCCUCUGCCACUGUUGCAGACAUGAAGAGUCUCAUUCACAAGAGCUAUCCCAGGUGGUACCCAUCCAGACAGGCCCUGAUGCUGCAUCCUGAGGGAAGAGUCCUCAGAGACGACGAGAUUCUGGUGGAUCUACCGGUGGCCACCACGGCCACCAUCUUUUUCCAGGACCUGGGCCCCCAGCUGGGCUGGGCCAUGGUGUUCCUGGUGGAGUGCAUCGGGCCGCUCCUCAUCUACCUUCUCUUCUACUACCGCCUGCCCUGCAUCUAUGGGCGGGAGUACAAGUUCACCCCCAGUCCUCAUAAAGUGGUCAGGCUAGCUUGUGUAUGUCACUGCUUCCACUACAUCAAGAAGCUGCUGGAGACGAUCUUUCUUCACCAUUUCUCCCAGGGGACCUUGUCCUUGCAAAACAUAACAAAGAACUGUUUGUAUCAUUGUGGACUGACAGCUUGGCCGGCCUACUACAUCAACCAUCCACUCUACACGACCCCUUCAUAUGGACUCCUGCAGGUGGUGUGUGCUCUGGCUGGGUUUCUGGUCUGUGAGAUUGGGAGCUUCUCUACCCACCUGGUGCUGAACAGGCUCAAAUGCAACAAGUCCAGGCCAACUGAGAUUCCUUACCCUACACGAAACCCCUUCACGUGGCUCUUCUUCUUUGUCUCCUGUCCAAACUACACAUAUGAGGUGGGAGCAUGUGUCAGUUUUGCUGUCAUGACUCAGUGUUUACCAGCGGCACUGGUGUCAUUCCUGGGGUUGGUGCAGAUGGUGAUCUGGGCAAGAGUGAAACACAGAGCCUACAUCAGUGCCUUCCCCAACUACCCUGAGCUACGCACAGCAAUACUUCCCCUCGUGCUCUAAUGGACGCUCAAUGGGGUUUUAAGCCCCCGUCGUCUUGCAGGCUGCCUUGAAGAUGACGUUAGGGGCUUAACACCAAGAAACCUCAUGGCUGCGCUUCAUGACCAGGCAACCCCAUGAUGGGCAUCUACUGAACAUCCUUGUUCUGCUGCUGCAAUGGCUGAGCGAUGGACGAUCACCUCUUUAAAAUCAAUGGGAAUUGAAUUCUUGGCUCCUGCAAUAUUGCCACUGUUGACUGCAUAAAGCUGUACUGCUUAAGCGGGAUAGAGUUCAGCUGUAUCAAGUAUAAGAUGAAGUUUAGAUUAAGUUGCCUACCUGUUCAUAAGAUGAUUUCUUUCUUUGAGAAAUGUGCAAUGUUAACACCUAGCUGCACCAAAAGGCACAGAUUUCCUUGAUUCAGAUUGUGGGUGACUGGGAUAUCCUUUGCUACAAGUUUGCGAAGAAAUCAUUAAUGUUGUUCCAUACUUUCAAUGUCAACAAAGAUCUUUGUAACAAAUGAGAAUCAAUCAAUUUAUUUACUUUUUAAAAAUGUCAUUUAAUAAUUAAAUGUUUCAUUCAUUUCAUGUGUGACAAGUUAUACACAACUUCAACAGUGACUAGGCUAAACCUUGUUCUCAAGCAUCC